AUGGCCGCUUCAGCACGAACUCGUCUUUCAACCCUAGAGUCUCUCCCCGUCGAAAUCAUCCAACACAUUUUCUUCCAUGCGUUCGAGGUCAACAUGCCACGGUCGUCGCCAUACCUCGCUCACGCCCUCUCCAAGCCAUCCAUUUACAAUGCGCUCAUUUUGUUGGCUUAUUUCGACGACGACUACGAAGCCCCUGUCGAUCCUCAGCACUUCCUCCCGGCGGAGUAUCGGCCCAUUCACCUUGAAGACAAGAUCCGGCUACAGCAAGCAAUUUUAGGUUGCAGGUGGUUCACUGUGGAUCUUCUCAAGUCACGCAUGCCGGUUCUCAGUCGCUUACAGUUGGUGCAAGCAUGGCACCGUGAGUACAAGAAAGAACAAAAACUCCUUGCCGACGAAAGUGUCCACUCUUCCAACCCACGAAUCCCUGCUCGCUUCACAGCCAUUGGAGAUCUUCCUGAUCUGGACGAUGAAGCCAGCAUGAAUGCACACUUCUUAGCCAAACUCGAGCCUCCAUUCUACCAUGACCUAAGUGGUCCUGACCGAGUGCCACCACAACGCCCUCGACCUCCGCACUAUCGAUUAAUUGGCCCAAUUGGCGAUGCCAACACGCUUCCACGGAUCAUGGAGUGGCGGAUUAUCUCAGAAUCAGGACAACUGACGAAACGACCCGAUAUUGGAACCAGUAUCCUAGCGGCACGCGUCAUUCCGGACAGAGUGCUGCGGGUGGCGAAGUGGACAGACCAGCGACUGGAACUCGUCCAACUCCUGCGUCAGGGUAUGCGCUUCCUUACUACUGAUCAUGUCCUUGUCAUCUCCGCCGCAGCACUGUUCGAUGGAAUGGCCACUGCAAUCGACGCAGGCAAUGAGAAGGCGCUGCUGGUCUUGCUGGAGUUGCACAAUGCCGCGAUGCCACUGCGAUCAGAAGAUAGUGUCGAAUUCUUUGACAGUGCCAGACCCGGCACUCGAGGUUGGAUACGGCCGCACGCGCAUCCAUUGCCAUUACGACUGUUCCAUCUGGUAUGUGAGCGAGACCGACAUGGACACCAAGAGACAGAGACUGAAAUGCGACCUACCGGUUGGCCCAACUUGACAGCACGACUCUUAUCACUUCUCAUCCGUGGAGGCUUAAGCAGCAUUCCCAACGACGAUCCAGUCCUCACGCGCUGGGCAACUCACACUGCUGAGAACCCGUCGUCCUUGGCAGAAGACGUCCUUCUCGCCCGCUGGUUGAUCCGUGACAUGGCGGGUUCUUCUGGGUAUGGAAAUGAUGGAGAUCCUCGGCUGUUCGUCGAUGGGGUGUGGUCACGACCAUGGCGUGGCGAUGCUGCCGACCGCACGCACGCAUACCCUUUCGCUGAACAUACCUUCACAGACGAGAUAGGCUACUUGUACGAGGGGAGUCAAGCUACUCCUGUGAGAGCACUGGAUGGUGGACCGUGCGGGUAA